AUUCCGCAGACCGAAAAUCUCCUGGAAACACUCGCCCACCCUAGCCUCUCAAAUCUUUUCUUAUAUAGAGCUCUAAUGUUUCUGUAGCUUUCCAUUUCGUACCCCCGCCCUAAGCUAAUUUAUUCCUUCCUCACGGGCUAUACACUCGCAGGACCAUGCCUUUCCACCAUGAGCUUGGUGGUGUCGAGGAUACCCUUUCGGAUCUUGCUUUAUUGGACCUUCUUACAGGUCCAAUGCCUCCGCCCGUGAAGGGAAGGUACAGGAGGAGAGAUGAGGAUUUGGAUCCUCUCAUGCUCGCAGCCGCUGCGGCUUCUCCGCAUAUAACUAGGAAUCACUACGCUCACGAUUUCUUUCCUGGCGUAGAAGAUCCCCGUAAAGAGAGUUCGUACGAUUGGACCAACUGGAAGCCAGAGGAUCCUACAGAGCGGCAGGAACGUAGACCUCGGCUGAAGUACGAGAGCCGACAAGCGCCUCGCAGUCAGCGACUCAAGAAGCUGGGGUUGGAGGGGCAGGAGGGGAAGGAGAAUGGGACGAAAGCUCGAGAAGUAACAGAUCCUCUACGUCGCGCAGAAAACCUUCCUCCGGCAGCGCAGAGGGAUGCUCAUGUGUCCCCCCAAGCAGCGCCGCCUACAUCAUCCACGUCGACAACUAGUCUUCCCACUCAGGUGACUGCGCCAUUGGAGGUCAAGUGUAUGGCUCGUACUCGCGUUCCCACUCCCCACGGGCCGGUAUUCCUUCAUUUGUACCACAACAACCAUGACAAUAAGGAGCACCUUGCAAUCGUUGUAGAUCCUGCUCAAUUCCAGGAGGAUUCUCCUUCUCUGGCACCCCCAAUACGUAGCCGCUCACUCGAUGCGGUAUGGAGUGAGGACGAAACCGAGAUGGAGCGUAUAACCCGAGGUGCAUAUGUUGGACGGUUGUCUGCGACAUCACAAAAAUCAUCUUCGCCUGUGGAUCCACAAACCAAUAUCACCACCGAUGCGAUACCCUCACCACUUGUCAGGAUUCACUCGGAGUGUUUCACGGGAGAGACAAUCGGGAGUAUGCGUUGCGAUUGUGGUGAACAACUAGACGAAGCUAUACGACAGAUAUCGCAACCUAUCUCCAUACCCAGCUCAUCCAUUUCUACCCCGCCGACAACCAUUCCGGGUCGUGGAGCCGUCAUCUACCUACGACAGGAAGGUCGAGGUAUAGGUUUGCUCUCGAAAAUCCGCGCAUAUAAUCUGCAAGACUUGGGUCACGACACUGUCACUGCAAAUAUCAUGCUCGGGCAUAAGGCGGAUGAAAGAGGAUAUGAGAUCGCCGGUGCCAUUCUCCGAGAUCUUGGCCUUGGCACGAAGACAGGGGAGGGUAUUCGUUUAUUGACAAACAACCCGGACAAAGUUCAGGCACUAGAGAAGGAGGGUAUCCGGAUAGUAGAACGUGUGAUGAUGCUGCCAAGGAGUUGGCAAUGUCGACAGUCCGACCAGUUGGUCGUAAAAAAUUCGAAGGAAGUAGGAGCGACGAUGAUUGGAGGUGGGGCGGUGUAUGGGGAAGAUCUAGACAAAUAUCUACGGACGAAGGUUCUGCGUAUGGGCCAUAUGUUACCCCUCCUUUCAGAGGAAGAUUUGUUGUAAUUUAAAUCUGUAUACUUGUUGUAUUCACUUUGCGACUUGCUUGGAAAUCCCCCUUGCUUGUU